AUGACUGUCGAAAUGAACACCAACGGAUCUUUUUCAUCCACAUACACCACAGCUACAUCGUCCUCGUCAAGAAGUUCUUUUACCUUUGUCCGUUCAUCCUCGCAAGAUGUUCAUCCUGCGCUCCGCCAACCGCAAAAUGGAAGCAAAGCCAGCUCUCAGAAGUCGGCCAAGGGUUUUCUUGACAAGCUGCCCUCAAUCACGCCGAAAAGAAGAUCCAGCAGCAGGCUUCUUUGGCCAAGACCACUUCAGACCGUGCGUAGAAUGACCUCGGAGCCUACUUUUCGCGAUGGACGUAGUGCCACCCCAGACCUCAUCGCCGGUGAGAUCCGUUCGGUGCAGGAUCUAUUCGACAACCCAAAAACGCCGCGGGCAUCUCUGUCCGCAGACGAGGUGAGACGCGAGCAGAUCGCGAAAGCUACGGCGAAAAAGAUGGAAAUGAGCCGAGGUGGGACAACAAAAGAGGCCCCAUUCAUAACAAUGGACUUCAUGUCACCAUUGACCCAAACCCCAAAGACACCUGCAGCUUCGGCACUCGCGCCACCACCACCAAAGGCGUCUUUGGAGCAGCAGCUGCGUGCAUCCGCGUCGCGACCGCCUCCAAUGCCCGCUAGGUCAUCUUCGCGUCCACAAAACAACAAUCCGCCGCCUUCUCUUCGCCUUCAACCGCCCAAGCCUGUGCGAGAUCUUCGGCGUCCCUCGUACGACAUCAGCCUGAGUCCUAUCCCAGGAUCUGUGCGCGACGAGAUGAGCGACGAGGAGGACCGACGCCCCAAGAGGCACAUGAGCAAGCUUCCACAACCCCUUGAUCCUUUCAGGAACGGCAAGCUGGGUGAUGCAAACCACAGCCAGACCGCUCCCCAGUGCGUGUUUACGCCUCGACCAUCUUCGUCCCUGUAUUCGGUGGAAGGUGUUAUCAACACACAGCACCGCCAGGAUUCCCCUACUCGAAUUCCGCAACCUAGCAAAAGGCUGCUUUGUCAUGAGCGCCAAUCCAGUGAAUCAUCCCUCAGGACCAAGAGCUUGACCGGAAGAGUGCCACCACCAGGGCGCAAUGCGCCAAUCAUCGAGGUGGACACCCCUCCCGAGACACCGCGUCAUGAGCCUGAACUGUGCCAUAACCUCGACGAGCCGUACACUGUUCCCUUUGGACUUCUUCAUCCUCCAGCAACGCCGAGCCACACAGGCUCGAGAGUUUCCGUCGAGGAAAGAAGCGGAGCAACAAACAGCAGCGGAGACACCUACGACAGCCUGUCGCAUCUGCACAUCGUGAGACACAAAGCCCAGCUCAAUCAAGCAAGAAAGCUGCUCUAUGCCGAGCACGUACACCGCUCGAUUGCUGUUAGUGCAGCCAGGAGUCCUGGCGCAGCCUCAAUCAAAAGCUCGACUUCAUCACCAGGAAGGCUGACGGACCUUUCAAAAACUGUGCGUCGACACAAGAACGCGGAAUCUCCCAUGGCACGUACGAAGACCUGUGGCAUCAUCAACGAGUAUUCGACAACCGUCUGCCAGCACGUUGCUGAUGUGUUUGCACCUCCACGUGUCAGUUCAGGGGGCCGAUCACCCAGUCACAAGGUUAAAGCCACAUACCAGACGCCCAAGAGUUUGGAGAGAGCAGUGGACAAAAGACAGCUUUUGCUUACCGAGAGCACCAGGAAAGCGGCCGAGGAGAGGAGCAACGAAGAAAAGAAAAGGCUACGGAUGAAAGAGCAACAACGAAUGGAAUGGGAGAUGACUAUUGCGAAGGCCAAAGCCAGCAUUCGAGCUGAGGAGACUACGAGGGCAACUAGUCGCCUAGAUAUAGAAGCAAGGCCCAAAAAGUCACUCAAAAUUAGUGCCGAUUCGCCCCCUAGAGAAACUUUUACUCAAGAGAAGGUUGACACCAAGAACGAGAAGGAGCCGGGAUUCUUUACAAGAUUCAGGCAAACGCUACGCUUCAAAAGAACAAAGAGCAGCUUGGCCAUGAGGGAACAAAGGAACGAAACUGCAGGGUCGCCCAAACAGAAGCAGUCCCCAAAGGCAGAGGCGCUGCCAAAGAUGCCUCGUCUCAACAGCCUACGACAUCCCAAGAGCAUGGCAGCGAUGGAAGUGAUGACUAAGGUGUCUCCUCCUCAGCAGCCCAAGAUCCCCGAACGACGCCAUUGUCGCAUGCAUUCGCAGCGCGAACAACCGUCAACACUGAUGCGCAUCUUUGGGUCGUCCAGGGACCAAGGAUCGCGGCCGAUGAGGUCGCUGCCAAACAUCCGGAGACAGGUGCAGCAGACCACCGCCGAUCUGCAUGCGGCGCCGACGAGAACCCCGCCCAAGAUACCCAUGAGCGUGCUGUUGGCGGCUUCACAGGACGAUGACGACGAAGAUCAGGACGCCGUAGGGCUCGAUAACUCAUCGCCGAGCGAGCAGCGACGACAUCGACAAGACUUGUCCCGCUCCCGGCUGCGACUGUGA